AUGGUUCUUGGAGUGGUUAUGAUGGCGGCAAUGCUGCCAACCAUAAUGGGACUCAAUGAAGCAACUCAGGGGAGUCGCGAGCAAGAAGAAGGCCGACGCAACGACGCACGAAAGCAACGUGGCCAUUUAGUGGCCAUAUGUCCCAUUACACAGGGAACACCAAAAAUGCGUCAACAAGUUCACAAUGCCCAAGUCCAGGUGGGUCUAGACGGGAAAUUUUACAUCACCAAGCAUCCGACCGCAUCAAUGGUUCCAUUCAACGGUAGCUACUAUACGCAUCCCGACUUUCCCCCGAACAAUACAUCUGGCUUGGUCACUAUCAGUGGAGAAAAAUCUCCGACUCUUCGAUGGGUAUUUCGGGACGCUAAGACGCAGGAGAUGCGUUGGGGCGGCCGUCCUGAUUCUGAAGGUCACAUAUGUGGGCCCUUUGACUGGACUAGCGAUGAGCUAUAUUUGACAAUGGAGGAUUGGGAAGGCUGGUUGGCGGUGCGGCUCCCGGAGGACGAGGCGCAGGACCGGGCUAAUGCGGAGAUGGCGAUAUUCGAGGGGCGCGAGACCUGGCGGUUAUACUUCGAUGGGAAUGACGAUGGUGCCAGUUUACCGCCGGGGGCUAAGGGACUGGAGAUACAAUUGAAACGAACGACUGCGGACGCUUGA